GUGAGUAAGUAAGGUGCCGUGGCCGUGCCUAAUGGAGAGAAGUCGGCGUAAAAUGUGAGUCUUGGCAGUCGCGCAGUGGGGAUGGGAACCGCGCCGUUUAACCGGACCUGAAGGAGAGCAGUGGCUUUCAGUGAGAAGAUCCGGCCAGGUGAUGUACAGCAAUACAGGAAGCAGGAAUUAUGAGAACAUCUGCAUUUGACUGGAGACAUUGGAUGAGGCUGAAUUUGGACACCAGUUUGAGACGACCUUCACAUCAAUCACAAACCUCAGAAAGACAAAGAGAUGGUGCUGGCAGACUGCCUUCAGAAACACUCUACUCAGGGCAUGACAAUUUGGAUUUGGUGCCCAGGCUUAAAUGUAUAUAGGGAUGGAGACCAUUUAUAAAGAACUUAACUGAACAUGCAAUGACUGAACAUAUGGAAAUUAUUUCAUCAUUUUGAAAAUGAUGCUAUUGGACUAACUGCUGUACAAUCACAGGGAACUGUUUAAAGCACUGAAGGAUUAAUCCUCCACAUUAAAAGAGAAACUUUCAGACGAUGUUAGUUGUGACAAAACCAAGGGCAAUGUAGCAACUGUAGAUAGCAAAUCCUUAUCAUGGAGGCUGCUAAAACCUCAGGUGAUGCGGAAUGUUCCAAACAGAUUAUCGGUUUCAAAGAUGACGAAAAACACUUGCCAUCUGAGAUGACCCAAAGAGGCCAAUCCACUGGCACAGAGGACAAAAUAAGACUUGCGGAGCAACCCCAGACCCCAGCUGUAAGUCCAUCUCCUGGUAUGGAGUCACAGGUCCUUGCUUCAGGAAAUAUUCUUACCUCGAAAACUAGAGAACCAUGUCACAUCCAGCUCAGGAGGAAGAAUGUUCCACUCCCAAACAAGCGAUAUCUUCAAUCGGAAUAUGAGCUGCUGUCAGAGGGCCUUCUCAAAAAGGAGCAGAAGUCAGUUAAGACUGGGAAGUAUGUAUGCCAGUAUUGUGGCAGAGCUUGUGCCAAACCCAGUGUACUGAAGAAGCACAUCCGUUCUCAUACUGGCGAAAGACCAUAUCCGUGUAUUCCUUGUGGUUUUUCAUUUAAAACUAAGAGCAACCUGUACAAACACAGAAAAUCUCACACCCAUGCAGUAAAAGCAGGAUUGGUUUCAUUUUCAGAACAUGACAGCAAGCAUAUGGAUGAGGAGUUGGCGGUUGCAGAAGGCGAGAUGCAUUCGGAUGCUGAGCAGAGCAGUGACACAGAUGAAGAAGUCGUGGAAGACUUGUCCUUGGAUACAACAAGCCAUAUCAAAGAAAAAGAGGGUUUUGUGCCAGAAAAAGGCACAAAAAAGGACGCCAAUUUAUCUGCUCAAAUGUCACUUAAAAAAGAAACAGGGCCAUCAGGAAAAGUAUCUUUAUGGCAAUUCCGGGAAAUGAUGGCACCUGCAGCUAUUGCUCAGGUGGACCAAAUGGUUGAGUUCUCCACCAUCAAGCAAAGACUGGCACUUCGGCUUUCAGAGAAGAAAAGUCAAGACUCUGAUCAGUCUCUUUCUCUGCCCAGUUCAUACAGUAAAGGCAGCACUGAUUCAGGAUACUUCUCACGUUCUGAGAGUGCUGAGCAACAGUUCAACCAGUCGAGCACAAGUGCCAAAACGUAUCAAGAAAUUAUGUUCGGGAAAUGUUAUAGGCCCACAAACAGGCCAAAGCAAUCAAUCACUGUACAAACCUGCAUGACAGACAUAAAUGAAGCCACAUCUAGCUUCAUGAUUACAUUGAACAAAGGCAUAAUGCCAGGUGACACUGACUCCACCAUUCACAGAAGCAAAAAAGAUCUAGUGCAAUCAAUAAAAAUUGAUUCUGAGUCCUUCCAAGAGGAAGAUUACCAAGAAUGUCAAAUCUCUGGCUCUGACCUUCUGGAAUUGGCUUCAGAGAGUAGUGUAUUCUUGCGCAGUAAUUCUCUUCCAGCCUCAUCUAAUUCAAAUCUGAAUGCACCACAAGGGCUAAGAAGCAGUAACUCAUUUGAUGAGAGAAUGACAGGUGCUGAUGUCACCUACCGGGGUGCAAUGGGUAUGAGAAGACUCAUGCGGCAAGCUGCGUUUGAGCACUCUGUUACGGAAGGACACACCGAAUCGGAUUGCUAUGCUCAUCUGGCUUGUAGCUUAAAAUCAGACUUGAAAAUUCAUAGCAUAGAUGAUUCCAAAAUAGGUGCAGAGAACUAUCAAGAAACUGAGUGUUCCAUUUUUCCAAGCCAUUUAUCAGAAACAUCCACAAGGAAACGAAGAAAGGACAAAAAUGUCAUGGAGGAAGAUGACUUUCAUGUGCAAGACAAACCUUCUGGACACUCGGAGGACACUGAGACAAAGCCAACUACUUUAGAUGCCGCCUUUUCUGACACUGAGAGAAGGGCUGGCAGCAAUGUUAUCUCUGUCAUUCAGCACACAAAUUCACUAAACCGACUAAACUCUUCAGAAAAGUCAAGUGAUGUUAGAUCAUAUCCCUUAGACAAAACUGGCAUGUACAGAUUAAUGGAAAAGGAGCAUAGCAUGGAGGGUCACAGAAUAGAAGGAUCAGACUGGCAAUGGGGAUGCAGUGGUUUUCUGCACCAGAAACUUCUUACGAGUAAGCACCCAGCAUCUCAGCCUAGUAUUCAAGUUCCAGAGAUUAGAGUAACUGUGGAGCCUGACAGACCAGAAAAAGUUCCGGAAAUAGGGGUCAAGCAAAGGGAAAAGCAUGCUGAAGAGUUCCAGUGGCCACAGAGGAGUGAGACCCUAUCACAGUUUCCAAUGGAAAAGCUACCACCCAAAAAGAAACGCUUGAGGUUAGCAGAGAUGGAAUGUUCUUCUGGGGAAUCUAGUUUUGAAUCUGCUUGCACAAGUCUCUCCAGAAGCCCAAGUCAAGAUAGCAAUUUGUCUCACAGCUCAAGCUUUUCCCAGUCCCUCGACAGAGAGGAGUCCAUUAACCUUGUAUGUCAAACCAACCCAGAUGAGUUUAAUAAGCCUUUGGAGUUCUUAUCCGUACCAGGUAGUUCACAGAGUCAUCACAGAGAGAUGAGACGUUCUGCUUCAGAGCAAGCACCUUAUAAUUUACCCUCAGAGGUUCCAGGAUAUCGAAGCAAGUCUUUCGAUUAUGGUAGUCUUUCGCCAUCACCUGCAUCUAGGCAAGACGAGGUUAAAGAGCGUAGAAGGGCCUUUUUGGUUAGGCAGGCAUCAUUAAGUGGUGAACCUGAGAUACAAGGCGGCACAGUCUCGGAUGAAAUGAGCAAAAGAACAACUUCACCAAGCAAACCGUUUACACUUGAGGGAUCCAUUGAAAAAAUGAGGUAUUCUUUGAUUUCUGGUGGUCCUUCUCCCCAACAAAAACAAUAUAGCACAGCGCAAGCCUCAUCUCAGUGUGCUAAACCCAGUGUUUGCGAUGUUUAUGACAUGGAUAGUGUAAUGCGAUUUAUAAAGAAAGAACCUGAAGAAUCCAAGGUAGCUGAAUCUUAUAUUAGCUUAAGAAAACCCCAAGAAGAUUGCUCCCAGAGUUUAGGCAAUGUUUUGUCAACGAUAGCAGUGCUUUCGCAAGCCCAGCAAGCAUUAUCCAGUCAAAAUAUGUCUGGUUUGCUAGUUCCUGUUAGAAUUCAGAUGCAAGUACCAUCUUAUGGGAACAUAACGUACACCAGUAUAUCUCAUAUUCUGGAUUCGCAAACACAGAGUCCUGUGUCGUACAUAGGACACAAAACAUCCUCCUGUCAAAGUCUUGCCAUAGUCAUGCCACAAAAUAACGCAGGUUGUGAACUAUCUCCAGUAUCAGGGCACCCUAGACGGCUACUGCACAGCCCACAGGCAUCACCAGCAAAGCUAAAUACAGGCAUACCUCUAUCCUUAACCUCCAAAACCAUCUCAACUACAGAGGCCCCCAGUGGUGGAGCAAACAAGCGCAUGCUCUCACCUGCAAGUAGCAUUGAACUAUUCAUCGAAGCGAAGCAGCAAAAACGAGUCAAAGAUGAGAACAUUUAUGGCCAGAUUGUUGAAGAGCUUAGUGCUGUGGAGUUAGGAAAUCUUGAAGGUGAAAAAGAAAGUCCCAAGAAAGCUUUCAAAUCGGGAAGCACCCCUGAGACCUGUGAGCCCACUGAGGAGGUAGAUAUGGAUGAGCCUAGCCGCGAUUUUUACAGCAAUCCAGAGUUACAAUCUCCUGCCAGAAUUCCUCAAGAUGCAGCUAUGAUGGAACAAAAACCAACAUCUGAACUCACAAUGGCUAGUAAUCGCCCUGGUUCUGGUAUAGGUGCAGUGCCCUCUGCAAUCACUGGUGCUUUACUGUUCUCCAAGUUUCCAGGUCUUCACACUACUACUUGUGUGAGCUGGUGCUAUCUCAACUCCACUAAGCCAAGUAGUACCCAAACAGCUGCAAAUUGUUCAGAGUAUGCCUCGUGGUUUGUGAGAUGCCGUAACCCUAACCCACCUGAUCUCAGCACUGGGAUGGUUCUUGCUCUUCUUCGAUCCAAACAGAGGAGGCAGGAUGCUUUUUAUUCAAUCGCUAGUAUGUACCAACCUGGACUACUAGUGACCUCCACUCCCUGGAGACCGAAGCAAGAACAAGUAAUACUGGACUACAGAGAGGAAGAUACAAAACAAGAUGUGAAGGUAAAAGACAUUAGCCAGAGGUGCAAAUCUUUACGAGAAGAUGUGUCAUCCACCAUACGGCAAGCAGAACCAGUCCGUGUGAAGAUUUUUGAAGGAGGGUAUAAGUCCAAUGAGGAAUAUGUGUAUGUGAGAGGCCGUGGUCGGGGAAAGUAUAUAUGUGAAGAGUGUGGUAUUCGUUGUAAGAAGCCAAGCAUGCUCAAGAAACACAUACGAACGCACACGGAUGUGAGACCCUACAUCUGCAAGUGCUGCAACUUUGCUUUUAAAACUAAAGGGAAUCUCACCAAGCAUAUGAAGUCAAAAGCUCACAUGAAAAAAUGCCUUGAACUUGGAGUUUCACCCACAGCCAUGGACAAUACAGAGGAUGCUGAUGAUGCACAGAAGUCCUUAGGUGUCAUGCCAGUGGAAAUAACCGUUAAACAUCAGUUCUCAGAUGCAGAAGAUUCUGAUGGUGUUGAUGAGGAUGAGCCAGAUGAUGAAGAGGAUGAUGAAUGUGAUGGUGAUUCUACACCAAAAACAUUGUCCAGAAGCACAAGUCCUCAGUCUUAUGCAGUCAACAAGCCAUGUCUGUCUGGCUGUCUCCCUAAACACUUUGACCCAAGCCACAAUCCACCAAAGGAACAGCUUGGAGUUUCUUCUCCGAGUAUUGAUGAUGAUAUGACCUUUGAGCAGUCAAGCAGUUCCUCUGAGCCUUGCCCACUUCAGCUGCUGUCACCUUGUUGGGAUUCACCUCGCCAGAGAUACAUGUCCCCGAGAGGAGAUCUCUCACCACAACGUCACCUGUUGUCAAGCCGUGAUUCGUCUCCUUUAAGGGCCGUUUCUCCAAGGAGCAUCAGAGGGGAUUUUUCACCUAUCCGGCAGCUGUCACCUGUAAGACCUACAGGUUCGGACCCCUCGGGGCAACGAGCGCAGUCUCCACUGGGUCGGCAAAAAGGGGUGCUCAGGGCCAUGUCCCCACGGAGGGGGUCUUUUCAGCACAGGACCCUCAUGGAUCCGGGAAGAAGUGUGAGAUUUCAAGCUUCUCCCCUUCGACCAGUCUUCGGAGUGCGAUCAGAGACCAGAAUGGAUCAAGGGGAUACUCCUCAGAAUUUGCAUGUUCCUGUCGGCCUAUGCAGCAGUCAAGAUCUGUCCACAACCCUGCAGCCAGACAUCUUUAGCCAUUUGCCUUUGCACUCUCAAGGACAGGUGUCAACGCCUGUUCCGAUGAUCCCUAUUGGGGGGUUAAGAAUGCCCACAAUGUCGACAUCUGGUGCUGCUGGGGAGAGAAAUUUGCUCCCGUCAAAUCCACAGGGGAACAUAUUAGAAACGGCUAGUUCUGGCCAGACCUCAGCCCCUGUCCUAGAUCCUGGAGUGGCCUACAGUGGAGAAAUAGCAACCUCUUCCACUGGCUUUCCUAGCAAAGACGAUAAGAAGGAGGAGAGCGUCUACAUCUGUGCAAAAGCUAUUGCGUCCCUCAGAAUCACAUCUGAAGAUGCUGCUGAUAAACCACCUAAAAGCUGACUUCCUAAGCACUAUAUAAUCGGAUUCAGAAGUUAAACUAAAGCUCUCAAGCUCAGACCAGAAACGUAUUUUAUGCAAGUAUUCAUGUGGUUGCAUUCAACAAACAUUAGUGGGUUCUUGUGUUGCACUGGCGGUAGCAAACGUCUGUACUCAAGGGGGCGAUAGAGUUACCUUUAAGUGUCUGUGCCAUUAACCCGGAUGUUUUAUUAUUCAGGUAGCCUAGCUGCUGUAAACAUGCCAAGUUUAACAAACUUAAACUAACUUGCUCAGUAGUUGACAUUUAGCGCCCCCUUGCAGUCUAACACAUUUUAUAAGAAAAUCAUGCACAAAAUCAAUCUUGCAAAGAGUGUGUUUUUGGCGUUAAGAGUCUGACCAAGGGCGCUUGGUAAUGUACGCAGAAACAUAAUACACAGAAUAUGCAUAACAUCUUGCAUUCAUGUUCAAUGCACAUGCCAUAUUUUCCUGCCAUAUCAGUUACAUCUAUAAACAUGUACACCAAUACAUGCAAUGGAAAUUGUAUCAAUAUUUCUCAAAAACUAUAGUUCUGAGUUUCACAGGACUGGAAGUGCAUCAUUGUGCCCCAAGUAUACAAAAUGCCAGUCGCCGUUCUUACUGAAAUCGUCUUUGACUUUUUGCUUGUGCCUUUUAAGAAGAUGUUUGCAUAUCCCUCGAUGAGAGAAAGUCAUUCGAUGUACCCUGUUUAUGCACUUAACAAUAGUGGUGGUCAUUAAGUUGAACUAAUAUGAGGUACCGUGGUUGCUUUUUGAGAUUGCAUUUAUUACGUACGUUAAAGUUUGCAUUAAGCUGUGCUACGACAUUGCCUUGUAUGCUCUUGUAUAUUUUUGCUGGCACCUUUAUAACUUAACCGCAUUAUGUGCGUUCAAGAAUAUGAACCCAAAAGUGUUGAUAAAUUCUUUAAAAAGUUUAAACCUUCUCCACCGUAUAGUAUUUUUCUAAAUGUAUCAUACCUCGUUUCCUUAUUUAAUCUUUAGAAUUUUCUGCACUUAAGCAAAGAAAUGUCAUUACAAGGCAUUUUUAAUAUAGACCUGCAUAUGACAUCAUAUUAUUAUUAUUAUAUAAAAAGCAGUAAGUAUUGUGCAUUAAGAUGACUAUUCAAAGCACUUUCUAGCGAGCUGAUAGACUGAAUGCCGUGUCAUCAAUAUCGAAGCUCUUUUAAAUUAUUUUUCAUUGAAUUAAUCAUAUGGCACAACAUUCCAGUCACUGUUAAGUCAAUUAUAUGUGCGCACACACACACACACACACACACACGUAAAUACAUAUUUACACAAAUUCACACAUAAUCGCUAUCAUGUACUGUAAUUACUUUUGAAGAGUGGCUUGUGUUGAAGUAAACAAAAAUGAAUUGUAUAUUUGAAGGGGUAGUUGCUUUUUCAGGUUUUUCUGGCCAUCAGAUGAAGGGGUCUUGUCUGGUGAAAUUGUCUGACUGUUUGAAUGUAUGAAUUUUUAGCCUAAGUCAUUUUAAAUGUCUUUAAAGAAGGUAUAAGUGCUAUCUCAUAUUAAACAUACGGAUAUCAUAUGAAGUAGCGGUCAGUUUAUGGUAUUUAUAUUAAUAGUCUGAGUAUUUAAAAAAUGCUGAGAUUGGUGAAGUUAAACUGAGUUUAUACUGAAGGAACUUUCAUGUCAUGUUUACAGUAUUACAUAUUAAAGAUUUUGAGGUAUCUAGGUUGAAUUUAUGGCAUUUUAGAAAUUACAACUGUUAUUUAUCUUACGGACUGGUACAUGGCCAUCAUUUAUAGAAGUUCAUGAACAUUUCUUUUGUUAUGCCCAUAAAGGCAGCUGAUUUCUUCUUAUUUAAUUGUUUGUUUUUGUUUUACUCUGAUUACAAGAUGUCCUUUAGAAAAAAAACGAAAUUAAAGUUCUAUUAUAAAAA